AACUCCCCAAAGAAUAACUCCCAAAUGGCCAAAGUCUAGUCUACACUUCCGUUAUCUCAUCUCAUCUCCGUCCGUCUCGUCUCCUGCACCCUUCAAACCUAUCUGCGGUGCGGUGAACUCUCGAACUUCCCCCGGAUGAGGAAAUCAUGGGAAAUCAACAUUCACGCCAAGGGCAGCGGCGGCUAUCGAUUCGGAUUCAAAGCCAGAUUAGCAGAAACCAGGGGCAGCAAGCUCCGUACUCGAUUCCCACUCCUUUCCAGGCUCUACGAUUCCUUCGUCGAACCAACAACUACCGCAAAAGACCCCAAAUCCCUCCACAGAUUCAAGCCCUCUUCCCCUUCAACUUCGAGAUCCAAGCACCACCGCUCCAAGAAGCACAAGAACCCUGAACCCGAGCAGAUCCCGAUUUCUCCACCCAAGAUCGACAGCACUGCCAGUCCCUACAAGGUGAGCCGCUUCAUUCCGAGAUCCAGAUCUCUGCCGAACCCGGAAAAUGGUACCACGCUAUUUGAUGGGGCGAAGCCGAAACAGGACAACGACAACGGCCUGGGCUCGUCGAUUGUGAGAUCCGUGAAAUCCCUGUCCCGGUCGAUCGAAGAGAGAAGUUGGAGCGGGAUCUUGAUCCACGGGUGGUGCGUCGCGCUGUUCGCCUGGCUGCUGUUGAUGGAACGGUUUGGGAUUCUCAAGUGGAGAAAUUUAGCGGCCGUUUUAGUCGUGGCGGUUGUAGCUUGGGGAGUCGCAUCUCGGAAUGUGGUGGGCUCUGCCGACGAAGAUGGCGGCGGCCAAGGAAGGGUUCAGGAAGCUUGGAAAUUUACUGCAUCUUCUGGGAGUUUAGACCAGCUUUCCAUGGUUGUCUUCUCUAGGAUUCGGCAGGCCGUUGGGCUUUGAUUCUGCAAGGAAGGACGAUUGCAGGUUACUCACUGGAGUUGAGUUUGGUAUUCUUCAUUCACAAUAGAUACCAGAAUUAUAUUAUGUCUGUCGAUAUUAAGAAUUACUAUAAAUUCUUGUCCUCCAUCCCAUUUCUUCUGCAACCUUGAAACUACAGAUGAUGAGUCCAGCUUCCAUUCCAGUAGAAUGUGAAUUAUUUAUUUAUACGGUUAAAC